AUGCCCUCCUCCGAAAUAUUCAACCCCGUCGGCAUUCUCACCCUCCAAGUCCGAGACCGCACAACUGAUGAUCCGCACCCAUACAAUCCCCACGGCCGAAACUUCACCAUCACCGUGACACCCGAGACUAGGCCCUGCGACAUCAUCUACAGUCUCGCGCCUCCUCGCAGCCGUUCCUACGUCAUGCCUAAAGAUGUUUCGCUUCCUGGCAUCGCCAAUAUGGGAUGUUGGCUGGAGGUUGUAGAUCGGUGA